AAUAGUUCAAACGUGUCCAGUCCAGCUCCCGAGUGAUAAAUAACGCUGAGAAAUCGCGCAAAAUUACGAGCUUUGAAUUCAUCAAUUAAAUCCAAUUCUUUAUCAAUAACAACAAUUAAUAAUACAAAAAAAAUUAAAAAAAAAAAACAAUGCGCACUCAAAUUCUUUGUUUUUGUGUGGCACUCUUGCUCAUUGUGUGCAUUCUUUAAUUACUCAUUGCAAAUGCUGGAAAAAUUUACGCUCAUAAAUCCUUUCGUUUACUUCCACUUAAGCCACGAAUGAGUUGAGCUAUUGUAGUCAUCACGGAAUGUAAGAAAGUGAUAUUUAUGAAAGAAAAAAAAAAACAAAAAAAGUCGUAGUCAAAAAUGUAAUUGCUAAAAAAUCGUAAAAUAGCGCGUAGUUUGUCGUACCCACCCUUAGAGUAGGUGAAUCCAAAAUCAUCCAAAUUAUCCAGCACGUGAGCCAUACACCAAACGUAAUUUAGCUCGGCGCGUUCCGUAGACGGUUGAGAAGAUGAGCGCAAAAGAUGUUGAAAGCAGUGCGGAGGCGUCUUUGCAGACUAAAAAGGCGCAGCAGCAAUUGGCUAAACAAGAAUAUGCUGUAAUAUGCCUGAUGGUAGUUCUCGCUUUAACCUCCAUUGUUUGGAGCAUCACCAUACAUAUAAUCUCGGGCGACUUUUAUCAUGGCAUACUUGGCGCCAAAUUGGCAUUUCGGGAAAGAGAUUUUCCGCAAAUGGAUGAACAUUCCAAGGAGAUUUUCUUUCAUGAUCUGGAUAAGCUAAUCAACGAGACCUAUAGUGAUGCUGUAGUCAAUGGGGAAAUUGAAGAAGACGAGACCACGCCCACUCCAUUGGAUGCUAAUGCUACCACCAAACAGCCAAAGGUGCGCAAAACUUAUCACAUUUUCCAAGUGGUUCACCCGGAUGAAGUCGAAGUGAAACCCGAGGACGAGGCGUCGGAAGAAGUCACCACUACAGUACUGCCAGCAGUGAAAUUCAAUAUGACGCAUGAUCGCCAAUUUCUCUCUACAAUGAUGCUGGAUGUGCACAAAACUCGUUGGCGUCAAAGCGCCGCCGUCCAAUUCAUUUAUAGUUUUCCAUUUCUGUCGGAAAUCUUUGCAAUAAUAUGGACAGCCAUGUGUUUAAUCUUUCAAUCAGGCGUGCAAAAGUAUUGGGGUCUACCGAAACCUUGGCGCAUUGUCAUACCUUCCAUACUGGUAUUUUCGCUAAUGACACUGGGUACGCUCAUCUACGCUAUUUUGGCUAGCACCUACUUGAAGAAUCUAUGCAAUGGAUUGCGGGAAAAUUUAACAAAGCCCGAUGCGAUUACUUGCGGCCAGGCCAUCGCUGUACUGCGUCCCUUCAUCCGACAGCACGAAUUCAAACACGACGUCUACUUGAAUCUCUUUCGCUUCGCCUACAUGUUCGCUCUGGUCAUGUGGCUGUUGGCGCUCCUCCUAAUGCUGCUGCGCUACUUCUUCGCCAUCGAUUUCCAACUGAUGGAUGUGCAGUCGUUGUAUGAAAACAAGUUUGCGCGGCGUCUGAGUAAACCAGAACCCGAAUUUACAGAAGUGCUGCUGGAUGCGGCACAAUCGCCCACACUUUUACUGCCACGCAAUGAACGCAACAAGUCGGAGGAUGAUUUUCAAAGUGCCAAGUCAAAUUUGAGCGAAGUGGCGAUGCCGUUGCUCGACACCGGCAAGCAACAACUUGGGCGAGCGCAAUAUGCGCGUUCGCAGCAGCAGCAGCGUGUGGUUUAGUUUUGUUUAUGUUUUUGUAUAUUUGACAAAUUAGAGGCUCAAAACAAAAAAAAAAAAAAAGGAGGCGUGAAGCGGCGGAA